UCCCAACCGAGACCUAUCGCUUAACGAUGACAUCAAAAGCUCUGCGACGUCUGUGUUUGAGAAUGAUGCGGACGAAAACGUGACACGAGACUUGAGAAGAGGGUUCUCGUUUUAGAAGAAGCGAAUAGAUUUUGGCGUGUAAUUGGAAAACACAUCCGUGUCGAAGCCAAGAUGAGUUCGUUAAUGCCGCAGAAACGCUACUACAGACAGCGAGCACAUUCAAACCCGAUGGCACAUCAUACGUUGGAUUAUCCUGUGUGUCCAGAGGAGAUGGACUGGGUCCCGCUGUAUCCACAAUUCUUUAGUGGAGAGCAGUCUCAGGAAGGAACUCCACAAGUUGAGUUUGCAGACAUUGGGUGUGGAUACGGGGGACUUUUGGUGGAGUUAUCUCCACUCUUCCCAGACAAGCUCAUGUUGGGCCUGGAGAUCCGGGUGAAAGUGUCCGAUUAUGUCCAGGAUCGUAUCAAGUCAUUGCGUGAGGCCAAGCCACGAAGCUACCAGAACAUUGCUUGCAUUCGCAGCAACGCCAUGAAGUAUCUUCCAAACUUCUUCAAGAAAGGACAGGUAGGAUUACAUCUCAGUAAGAUGUUCUUCCUUUUCCCGGACCCUCAUUUUAAGAAGACCAAGCACAAAUGGAGGAUCAUCAGUCCCAUGUUGCUGGCAGAAUAUGCCUACACACUUAGAAUCGGGGGUUUGGUAUACACCAUCACAGAUGUGGAAGAGGUCCACCUUUGGAUGGUGAAGCACUUCAGUGAACAUCCAUUAUUUGCACGGGUCCCCGAUGAAGAACUGUGUUCCAGUUUUCUUUGAGGGGUUAAAUUUUUCAAGGGGGAACUUUUGGGAAAUAUUUAAACUCUCAAAGCUCUCUAUUGUAGUGGAGCCUUUCAAAAUGAGAAAUCUAGUUCAAUGCAUUUCAGCUGUUGAGAGGUUCUUUUUUUUUUUAGUGGCCCGCUUCAAAUUCUAAAAUAAACAUUUGGGUGGAGGUGGCAGCUUGCAUCACAUCCCUCUUGGGUGCAAUGCCCGUGAAAACAACUACUACUAAUACAUUAGGUUUUUUUUUAGCUAUGCAAAGAUUCAAAUAAAGUAUUUGCGACUACAAACCCCAAUUCCGAUGAAGUUCGGCUGUUGUGUUAAAUGUAAAUAAAAAUAGAAUACAAGGAUUUGGAAAUCCUUUCAACGUAUAUUCAAAUGAAUAGAUUACAAAGUUAUUUAAUGUACAACCCCAAUUCCAAUGAAGUUGGGACGUUGUAUUAAACAUAAAUAAAAACAGAAUACAAUGAUUUGAAAAUCAUGUUCAACCUAUCACUGCGAUAAAAAAAUGUCGUUGACAAAAGUGUUCCACUAUUACUAAGUACAGUACAAGUUGUGAAUAGCUACGGAAGAGAUGGAUGAGUGGCUGGGGAGAGGGAAGUCUGGGCAUUCCUGCUAAAACUACUGCCCCCGCAACCCGAGCUCGGAUAAGCGGUAGAAAAUGGAUGGAUGGUAUUAUUCCCUUCAUUAUGAAUCCCUUUGAUUCUCCUUUAGCCCAUUAGGUAUACAUCGAAUUAUAUUUGACCAACAGAAAACAGUCUUGGCUUUUACUAAAUUAUUUUCUCUUAAGAACCGUAGGAGUUACAAGGCUGUCACCAAAAAGUACACAGCAUAGUUUGUUCAGAAAUAAUGUUCAGUUAAAUUGAGUUUGAAAUAAAAAUUCAGUGGAAUAAAUUCAAUCAAUCAUAAUCUAAGUUGUUCAUUUAACUUUUAUAAGGUGUGAAUACUUUUUUUAGUGUUAUGAUUUAAACAAAGUAAUGACUUGAUUUGACUUGCUUGAUUAAAAAGAAAAAAAUAAUUAUGACUUGGGACUUGCUUGAGACUUGAAGGUUAUGACUUGAGACUUGCUUAUGACUUGCACAUAUUUGACUUACACUCACCUCUGGCAAAUACUCCCUCAUUGUGAAUUUGAUGCCUGCAACACGUUCCAAGCAGGCUCGGACGGGGGCAACAAAAUACUGGGAAAUUUGAAGAAUGCUCAAAAAACGCCUUUUGGAACAUUCCACAGGUGAACAGGUUAAUUGGAAAAGGACCAUCCCAGAAAGGCUCAGUUGUUCACGAGCAAGGAUGGGGCGAAGUUCACCACUUUGUGGACAAUGCCGUGAGCAAAUAGGCCAACACUUUACAAUCGUUUCUCAAUGAAAAUUGCAAGUAAUUCAGGGAUUGCAUAAUCUAUGGUCCAUUAUAUCAGAAGAUUCAGAGAAUCUGGAAAAAUUUCUGCAUGAAAGUGGAAAGGCUGAAAACCAACAGUGAAUGCCUGUGACCUUUGAUCCCUCAGGCGGAACUGCAUUAUAAACCGGCAUCAUUGUGCGAAGGAUAUUGCCACGUCUGCUCAGGAACAGUUCAGUAAACCAUUGUUUGAUUCUCUGAUAUCUAGAUAAUAGCUGUGUGCUGAUUGAUUGGUAACUAAUGUGAAUUAAAAAAAAAAAAAAAAAAUACAAGACUGAUUCUGAUUCUUGAACACUACACUGACUAAACCAGACUGUAAUGUACAGGAAGCCCAGAUACCGCACGGCCGGCUUAUCGUGUAACUAUUUGCGUGAUCGCUCACGAAGCUAGCUCCUAAUGCUAAUGAAAACAAGCACACAUGACUGUGCGAUUCCCACAAUGCAAUGUAGAUUUUGUUGUUGUUGCAAUAAUUAACAUCCUUAUUGUUACGUUAAAUGUCGCUGUCUUUUCUGUAUGUUAACAGUGGUUCUUGGAAUGUGUACCUUAUUUAGCUGUCACACUUAUUAUUGAUUUACAUUGUACUUUUUUUUAUUUUUUUUUAUAAAACCAUUACUUUAGGUAUUGUGUAAAAGAAUGACCUCUUGAUCAAUUCCUCUGCCAAAACGAGCCCAACAUGGUGUCAAACGUGAAAAGAUAAGAACUAUAACCCAAAUUCAAUGAAGUUGGGGUGUUGUGUUAAACAUAAAUAAUAACGGAAUACAUCCAUCCAUCCAUUUUCUGAGCCGCUUCUCCUCACUAGGGUCGCGGGCG